AUGCAUAACCCCACUGUUGGUCAUUAUGCUGGUGUCAAAAGGUUACUUCGAUUUGUUAAGGGUACACUCUCUCAUGGCCGUACAUAUACACCCAGCUCCUUUGAUCUUCAAGCUUACUCAGAUCCUAAUUGGGCUAGGGAUUCAGUUGAUAGAAAAUCCACCUUUGGAUAUUGUGUGUUUUUAGGAUCAAAUCUCAUUUCUUGGUCAGCUAAAAAGCAAGCCACUGUGUCUAGAUCUUCCACAGAGGCAGAAUAUCAAUCUUUAGCUCAUACAGCUGCAGAACUGGCUUGCUUGUUGGCUGACAUUUUCACCAAGCCUUUGUCUGUCUCUCGGUUUUCCUAUCUUAAAGACAAACUGAUGUAUGUUCCUCCUUCCAUCAGCUUGUGGAGAAAUGUUGAGGAUCAUAGCUCAGCCAGUAGCAGCAGCUUAGACUGCAGACAUAGCAGCUCCACCUACAGUUCAAAUAUCUGUUGCAAAAAGACUUUUGCCCCACUUGAUGCUCCACAUCAUUUGCGCCAGCUUGAAUGGGCUCCAUAUCGUGAAGUGUGGAGCUUGUUAUAUUGA